AUGGAUGAAUCUUCUCAUUCGCAAGACGUGCGCCCAUCCAAAAAAGAUGAGCGUCUAUUUAAAGUUGAACAUUUGUUUGAAAAAGGCAAGCACUUAUCUAAAAAAGACGAACUUAUGGCUAAAAAAGAUAUGUAUUCGUCUAAAAAUGGACUUAAAAAAGGAGAGCGUCAACAUGAAAAAAACAAACUUUCACCUAACGUUCGUAAAAUGAAUAGAUCUGAAAUUAUGAAAUCGAUUGAAUUCUAUAGAAAUUCUAAUAAAACCAGAACUCCUUCUGCUUUUUUACUCUUUAAGAAUACAAAUAAGCUUGGUCCAAAAGACGCCGGCGAUGCAUAUAAUGAUUUAUCAGAUGAUUUUAAAUCUGACUAUGAUCGUUGUGCAGAAAUUAUUAAGAAAAGCAUUUAUGACCCAGAGACAGCCUAUAGGAUGAUCGAAUCUCCGCUAUGCUUUUUCAAUUAUGAUUCUGAAUUUUUUAAAUCUAAUGCGCAAAAUUGUUCAACUACGUCAAAUUUCAAUAACAAUUCUGAAGAGAAAUUAUCUCAUCAUUCUUUCUCGGUCGAGCAAGCACCAAAUGGAGAAUUUAUUCAAGACAUGUUCUCUGCUCAUGUUAACAACAAUAUGUUUGCUGAACAAAACACAGGCAUGUCUCUUCUUCUUAAUGAUGGUAAUAUUGUCGAAGAGCAAAUGUCACCCUUGCAAUUGCUUUAUCAGUCUCAUGGCGAGCAAAUACAACAGCCAGAAUCCGAUAUGCCUCAAUAUCUUGACGUACUAUCUUUUAAUUGUGACAACAUUGCCAUAGGAUCAGAUCAUAUUUUAAAUAGUAUGCCAUUUAUGGCUCAAAACAUGGGGGAUAUGCAUACCUUUAAUUAUGUUACUACUGGUGAACAACAACCAUAUAUGACUUCUACGUUCCAAAUGUUCCAUUAA